GCAUUAUUAGGAAACUUACCUACAUGAACUACCAAUAACUGAUUUUUCCGAAAAAAAAAUAUGAAGAAAUCUUGUUCCAGUUGUAGUUCGAUUCUGUCUGUGCUCGUUCAUGGAUUUCUUUUUCUAAGCCUGAUCGCCAACUUGGGAUCGGCAGCAAUACCAACUUCACCAAAUGUGACUGAGCUAUCAGCCUUACUUGAUUUCAAGGAGAUGAUAGAUGAAGAUCCACACCAAUUAAUGAGCUCAUGGAAUGAUUCAAUACAUUUCUGCAACUGGGUUGGUGUUACUUGCGAUUCAUCUGAUGGCAGAAUCGUACUUUUGAACCUGGCGUCCCGUGGGCUAGCUGGGCGUAUACCCCCUUCCAUAGGAAACCUCACAUUCCUUACUGAAAUCAACAUCACAAGCAACAGCUUUCAUGGCGAAAUUCCUCAAGAAAUGGGUCGUCUGUUGCGCCUACAAACUAUGGAUCUGAGCUCCAAUACCUUGGGUGGAAGAAUUCCAGCUAAUCUUACACAUUGCACAGGACUAAGAGCAUUUCAUAUGAUGUACAAUGAGCUUGUGGGGCAGAUCCCUGACCAGCUUAGUACCUUAUCGAAAUUAGAAGUUCUGAAUUUGGGGUUCAAUGACCUUACUGGAAACAUUCCAACUUGGAUAGGGAAUUUCUCUUCUCUGCAACGUCUUUUCCUUUCAGGAAAUAAUUUCCAAGGAAGCAUACCUGAUGAACUCGGCCAUCUAUCUAACUUGGGUUCUUUUCAAGUUUCUCAAAACAAUCUUUCUGGUAUGAUCCCUUCAUCAAUUUAUAAUAUAUCUUCUUUAUAUGGUCUCGUAGUUGCUCAAAACAAACUACACGGGCAAUUGCCUCUGGAUAUUGGCCUUACACUUCCUAAGCUAAAAGCAUUUCUCGGUCCAUUUAAUAGUUUUACAGGACCAAUCCCUGAGUCAUUCUCAAAUGCUUCUGGACUUGAGAGGCUUGACUUCCGUGAAAAUGGUCUAACAGGGACCAUUUCAGGAAGCCUAGGAAGCUUGAAAAAUUUAAUUAGACUUAACUUUCAUUUGAAUAGCCUCAGAGGUGACUUGAGUUUUCUGAGUGAUUUGGCUAAUUCUACUACUAUUGAGGUAUUGGGUCUUUCAAGUAAUUUCUUCACAGGAGAAUUGCCAAGCUCCAUAGCCAAUCUUUCAGUUAGGUUAAAGGAGUUAUCUUUUGGGGGCAAUCUUCUUCAUGGAAACAUCCCUGUUGGGAUUGGGAACCUUGUUGACUUGACCGGUUUGGGAUUUGAAAAAAACAAUUUGGGCGGUAGUAUUCCUGAGGGUAUUGGACACCUUCACAAGUUAGAGGGGUUAUUUUUGUUCUCUAACAGGUUUUCAGGGCUAAUCCCAUCCUCUCUAAGUAACUUGACUAAAUUGGCCAAGCUAUACAUGGAUGAUAACAGGUUGGAAGGAAGCAUACCUGCAAGUCUUGGGAAAUGCACACGUUUGCAGGAUGUGUAUUUCUCAAGGAACUAUCUUAGUGGCACCAUACCCAAGCAGAUCCUUGGUCUUCCUUCCCUUUCAAUUGCUUUGGACAUGUCUUAUAAUUCUUUGAUUGGUUCACUACCACUUGAAGUGGGAAACUUGAACAAUCUCAUGGAAUUGGACGUGUCCCAUAACAGAUUAUCAGGUCGAAUUCCUAGCACACUUAGCAGUUGUACUAGUUUGGAACACUUGCAUUUGGAGGGUAACACGUUUGACGGAACGAUACCUCAAUCUUUGGAAACUUUAAAGGGUUUAGUAUAUCUUGAUCUUUCGCAAAAUAACUUGUCUGGCCAGCUUCCUGUAUUUCUCAGUAAGUUUUCAUCUCUGUGGUAUCUCAAUUUGUCAAACAAUGACUUCGAAGGGGAAGUGCCACAAGGAGGAGUCUUUGCAAAUGCGAGUGCAAUCUUCAUCACAGGAAAUGAUAAGCUCUGUGGUGGCAUUGCAGAAUUACGACUACAGAAAUGCGUCUGGAAAAGAGAUGGAAAGCAUCUCUCCACCAAAGUAAUUACUGUUGUAACUAUCUCAGCUAUCUUCGCAUUUGGUCUCAUGUGCUCUUUAGCCACAAUUUGUGUUCUGAAAAACAAAAGGAGCAGAGCAACUGCUCCUCCCUCUAUAGAAUGGGAACCAGAUAUGUCUUUUCUAGAACUAAUGAAGUCAACAAAUGGCUUCUCCGUAGAAAAUUUGAUUGGUUCAGGUAGUUUUGGUUCUGUGUACAAGGGAAUUCUUCCUGGUUGUGGAAAGUCCAUUGCAGUUAAGGUAUUAAACCUUCAACAGCCGGGAGCUUUGAAAAGCUUCAUUGAUGAAUGCAAUGCUUUGAGAAACAUUCGACACCGCAACCUCCUUAAGGUCAUCACUGCCUGCUCAAGCAUUGAUCAUCAAGGCCAUGAAUUCAAAGCUCUAGUUUUUGAAUUCAUGUCCAACGGAAAUCUAGACCAGUGGCUGCAUCCAAUACCUGAUGUGCAAUACCAAGUUAAGAAAUUAAGCCUUAUCCAGAGGUUGAAUAUAGCUAUCAAUGUUGCAUCUGCUCUGGAUUACCUCCAUUACCAUUGCGACACUCCAAUUGUUCAUUGUGACCUGAAGCCAAGCAAUGUCCUUCUUGAUGAAAAUAUGACAGCACAUGUUGGUGACUUUGGAUUGACAAGGUUUCUCUCUGAAGCGUCCAAAGAUCAAACCAUUUCAGUUGGGCUAAAGGGUUCGAUCGGCUACAUCCCACCAGAGUAUGGCUUGGGGGACCGAGUUACAGUACUUGGAGACAUUUAUAGCUAUGGAAUACUACUGCUGGAGAUGUUUACAGGAAAAAGACCUACUGAUGACAUGUUCGAAAACAAUACGAGCAUUCGCGAAUUUGUCGCCAUGGCUUUGCCUGAACAUGUCAUGGGAAUUGCUGACCCAACAGUGCUCUUUGGAGAAGAAGAUCAUGGUGCUCAAUUCGAAAAUAAAACCCAAGUCAGCAACAGAUGUGAAAUACAGGAAUGCUUGGUUUCAGUAAUGAGAAUUGGACUUGUUUGUUCUGCACCAUCACCGGGAAAUCGGAUUGCUAUGAAUGCUGUUGUCAAUAAAUUGAACACUAUUAAAGACGCGUUUGUUGGGUCCAAGAACCGUAGAUGGAGGAGGUUCUGAACAAUGACCCAAGUAGGCAUCAUGAAGAAUGGUCAUUUGAAACGAAUAAUGUAUGGAAUUCCGUUUUCUAAGCUUAAUUUGAUUGUAUUCCGUACCUGAUAUACGAAAUACUAGCUUAUUUUUGACAUAUGAAGUUAAGCUCUGCUUAAGAUAUUAGUUAUAAACAUGGAAUUUUUCUUGAA